CCUGAAUCAGGUCUGAUGCCAGCACCAAGAUGUAUUGCACAAUAUCGGUCCUCCGAGAGGCAGACUCCAGGAUGCUCUUGCCCUGCGACCCACCAGCCAGCAAGCUUGUGUAUCCAGCUAGGUCCGCCUCUAUUGUUUGAAUGCGCUGCUCUUUGCGGACCUUGUCCACGGCCUUGAUCUUCUUGAGGUGGUCAUCGGUGAUGUUGCCCGCACGGACGGCGCCCUCCCAUGGAAUUGGCCGAGCGCGGAUGUUAUUCUGCAGAGAGCUGAGGUAUGUGGGCGGCUCCAGCGACAUGGUGAUUGAAUAGCACGCCGGGCCAGGGGGAAAGGAGUGCAGGCCGGAGAUUAUUAUGGUGGACGGAGGUGGACGAGAAGGGAGGAGCUUGGGGGGGAUGACGGAAGCUGGCGACGCCAAGACCACAUGUCGGCCCUCCCAACGGAUCUUGGCUCAUCGCUCCGUCGUCGAGUCUCUCAGUUCCUCCUCUCUUUUCAAUCUUUGCCUGGUAAUACCGUGUGUACUACAGAUAUAAGCCGCUAUCAGUGGGCUUGUCGCUUCCGCUCUCUUUUCCACUCAAGCUCUCGUGUGACAUUCAUCUUGCGACGUGGCGGCUGCCUUGUACUUCUACUUCGAAAUUGGAUGCGACUCCAAGUCUUUCAUUUACACGUUCGAUUGCUCCGCAGAGACCCAUUCAUUAGGAACUCGAUUUGCCUCAAAUCAGUCUCUCAGAACAUCCAAAUAUAACCCAUCGCACUCGCUGAGAACACCGUUGACCGAGCACAGCCCCCACCGAACCCAUGCAAACUGAACACGAGGCAUUUGCCGCCUAGAAGCCGCGUGGCCGUCUUACGAUACAUCUCUCACCAUGGCGCAAAAUUCGCAGACUUCCAAGUCCAAAUGGGGUGUGGGCAAUUUCUUGCAGCAAGCCGUUGCGGGCGUCGAAUCGCGUUUGGAUAACAUUUUGAUGGACCAGGAGGACGCUCAGAAAGCGAAGCCCAAAGAGACGGAAAGCACAGCGUCGCCAAUCUCAAGAUCUCCCGCUGGCUCAAUCUCGCGAAGCUCGUCCAAUGCGCGCAGGAAUGAUCGACUCCAAGAACGUCUGGCGCGAGCGGUGGUUAAAUCCAAUACAGCGAACCGGAACUCACAAUCUUCCCCUGGGCAGAUCUCGUCGACAGCCGCCAGUCCAGCGCCGAGCAAUGAUGAGCGAUCAAGUAUGGACAUCGAUGCUAGUCUUGCAGCCGCGUCAGGAGUUGCAGAUGGUCUGAAGAGCCCUCCACCAGAUGAAGCGAGCGUCACGAGCCAUGCAAGUGCGGCUAGAACUAGCCACGAAUCGGAGAGAUCUACACGUCAAUCUAGCGAAGCAUUCAGAGCAGAAUCUUUGCCUAGGGCCUCCACUGAGGUCGAUGAGCAGGUUUCGAAAUUAGGGAGAAUCAGCUUGGAUCUGCCGAGCUCACAGCGAAGUGAAUUAUCUGGAGGCCGUGCAUCCGGGGAAAGCACUCGUCUCAGCGUUGAUGCACUGUCCGAGUCUCGAACGAGUGAAGAUAAUGGAGCCGAGUCGCAGUGGCAACAAGAGAGAUAUGAGUAUAUGGCCCGCAUUGAUGAGCUUCAGAGACAUUUGGAGAAUCUGGCCGGAGAGGCUGCAAAGUCGGCAAAGGAUGCCGCCGCUGCCGCUUCUCCAGGAAGCCGCGAGAAAGAGCUCGAGGAGACCAGGGAGAAGUAUGCGUUGCUGAUGAAGGAGGGGCAGAAGCUGGAGUCGGAGGCGGCGAACUCUCGCACUGCAGUUAGGAGACUGAGGCAACAGCUUGCCGAAAAUUCGAAAAUACAGAUCGAAAUGAAGCGGAAAACGGAGAAGUUGGAAAGAGAGUUGCUUGACACCGAGAGCAGAGCCAAACGAGCUGAAGCGGCAGAGAAGCGGGCGAACGACUCAUUAUCGGCUUACACCAAGACGGCCAAAGAUCUCGACGCCGUGAUAAAUGAGCGUGAUGCUUUGAAUCAAACCGUACGCGAAAUGAAGGCACAGAUCAGCCGAGCGGUCACGCGUGCCGAAGUCGCCGAAGCUAAGGCUCACUCGGAUACCUUGGAGAAGGAGAAGCGAAGAGCAGACGAGCUUGAAGAGGAGUUGUCAAACACCAGAAUCGAGCUUGAUAUCAGUCAGGCAAAGUCGAAGAAAGAAAUCACAGAUCUAAAGGAGAAGGUUGAUCAGGAGAAAGAGAGAGCCCGGUUGCUCGAGGUUGAGUUGAAGGGAGAGCAAUUAGCGUUGGAAAGCAAGAUGGAAAGCUUGCGCGCCCGUGCGGAGGAAGCCUCUUCCGGAGCCACUGGAGAGACACAGGCCAAGUUGCUACGCCAAAUCGAGACUUUGCAAACGCAAUAUUCUGUUGCUAGUGAGAACUGGCACGCCUUGGAGGCCUCCUAUAUUUCUCGGCUUGAUGCCGCAGAAAAGGAACGUGACCAGGCUGGAGACAGAGAGAGGGAGCUACGAAAGAAGCUUCGGGAAACGGCCCUCAAAGUCAAGGAGCUAGAAGAGGAAUUAGAGAAUGCCAAGGAGGCCGAGCAUGACUUGGAAAGUCAACUCGAGGCGCGUGCGCAAGAUCUCCAGAGGGCGCAGCAAAAGCUCCAGAAUUCAACCGACGAGGUCAUUUCUGCACAAAAGGAGCUAAUCGAGCAGAAGAAGGUGUGGGAUGCAAAUUGGGCACAAAAGCUCGAGGAAGAGCGUGCCAAAUUGAGAGAGCAAGUGAAUAGUUUGCAACAGCCUCGUGGAAUCUCCCCCGUUCCGUCCACUCGCCGUUCGAGCAACCUCGAUACUCUGCCAUCUAUUCUGUCGGACUACCGUCCAAGCAGUCGACGCUCGUCUACCUUGCCCCCAGGCUCACCAGACAUUGGCACCCCACCGCGCCAAAAUUCCUACCCAACCUCAAUCGCUCAAGGAACUCUUUCUCCACCCCCGAUUGGCACUACUCUGGGCCCUCCAUCUAUGAUUCUGGAGACCCCCUCAAUCACUUUUGAACCGGAUGAGUUCUUCAGCUCUGGCGACCCAGCUACCCCAUCCGCAUACGGCGGCACGCAAGCAGGUCCUUCGCGCGGCAUCAACGACAUCAUCUCGGAAUCAACUGUCGGUGCUGGCCCAUCUGUGCAGUUAGUUGAGCGCAUGAGUGCUACUGUCCGUCGACUGGAGAGCGAGCGCGCAGGGUCAAAAGAUGAGCUCGCUCGCGUCACGGCUCAACGUGAUGAGUCUAGACAGCAGGUCGUCGACCUCAUGCGCGAGCUCGAAGAGAAGAAGACUGCUGACUCUCGAGUCGAGGAGCUUCAGGCUGAUAUCGCUGAUCUGAAGAAGAUCUAUCGGGAGCUGGUCGAUAGUACGAUGAAAUGAGUGUAUAUAUGUUUUCAGCCUUUUUUGUAUAGAGAACUUCAUUUCUAGUAAAUCGUUUAGAAAGAAAUUCCGAAUAAAACCUACUGUGAAUGCUACGGAGUGCCUCGCGUACAUCCGUUCAGCUUUAAAAGAUACA